UCUCCGCCCACCAUAUUUUACGACUAGUAAACGCUUGUUAAAGUUAGUAUUUCAGUAAAGCGAAAGGGCGCGCCAAUCCCUGGAAGUGUGGCGUUUGCUCUUUAUCCCACUGAAAACAGCAGCAGCAGCAGCAGCAGAGGCAAUUUAAGUAGUAUACAAUUUCGUUUUAUCCCUAUGCUUACCGUUGGAGGUUAUGAGGCAGAAGGGUAAUGAGGUACUUUGAAAAGGCGGGGGAAGGGUGAGAAAGGAGGCAGGCGAGACUUUCUCUUCCUUCCUUUGUGUCCCGCUGAGGCUCAGUUCGCCGCUACUAGUUCCUGCGCUCGCUCCCGUCUGGGCUCCCUCCUCUCAGCCCUCUUCGACUGGCUCCCUCUUCCCCGGGGCUGUGUGAGAAGAGUGUGUUUGUGUCUGGGCCAGCAAGAUGGCGGCAGCAGCGGGGUCCAGUGCAGAGCUGCUGGGGGGGCCCGCGAGGGCUGCGAGCGCGACCCCUUUGGCCCCUGAGGAGAUAUCCCUCAGGCUCCAGACCACACGGCGAGAACUGAGCAACAGGCGCAAGAUCCUGCUGAGGAAUCUGCCUGCCGAGAGCAGCAGCCAGGAGAUCCAUGAUUUAUUAAAAGACUUUGAACUGAAGUAUUGUUAUGUGGACAAAAAUAAAAGAACAGCUUUUGUUACUCUGUUGAAUGGGGAGCAAGCUCAGCAUGCAAUACGACUGUUUCACCAGCACUCCCUUCGUGGAAAAGAAAUAUCAGUGCAGCUUCAGCCAACCGAUGCCCUCCUCUGUAUUACCAACUUGCCCACCUCUUAUACAUUACAAGAGUUUGAAGAGUUGUUGCAUCCCUAUGGUAAUGUUGAGAGACACUUUUUGAUUUAUAGUGAAGCCACCGGCUAUUCCAAGGGCUACGGUUUUGUGGAAUACAUGAAAAAGGAUUCUGCUGCUAAGGCUAGAUUGGACCUUCUAGGGAAACAGUUAGAAGGAAAUGUCCUUUUUGCCCAGUGGAUGGACAUUAACCAGUUAUCUUCAGACCACGUACAUUCAAGGUGCCUUUGCGUGGAAAAUCUCUCUUCGGAUUACACUGAUGCAGAGGAUGUCAUGAAAACUUUCUCAUUGAAAUACAAACCAGUGUUCUGCCAGCUUGCUCAGGAUGAAGAUAGUUCUGUUGAUGGCUUUGCAGUCAUUGAGUAUGAAACAGCAGAGCAGGCAGAAGAAGUACAGCAAGGCACAGAUGGCCUGACUGUCAAAGGGAAGAGAGUGCGUGUAUCCUAUUGUGCUCCAGGGGCUCCUGGCCGAAGCACUCUUGCUACACUCAUAGCAGCACAGCGCAUGAUGAGGCAUAACAGAAAGGGAUUGCUUCCAGAGCCAAAUGCAGCGCAGAUUAUGAAAAGCUUGAAUACCCCAGCAAUGUUACAAAUGUUACUACAACCCCAGUUACGUGGAUGCACUAACAAACUUGCAGUUCUUGGAGCUCCCAUGGGUUUGCCACAUCUUGUAAACCCAUCACUCAGCCCAGCCUUUUUGCAUUUGAAUAAAGUUCAUCAGGGACCAGUUGUUGGAAAUGCAUCUAGUUUUCUGCUACAGAGUCUCCCCCAUCUACAGUUGGUGCAGCAACAGCUAGCGAAGACUGAGACUAUUCAAACAAAUAGUAAAUCAAGUUUACUUGGAGAGCCUCCAGCAGUGCUUCUUCAAACAAUGGUAGGAAUGGGUAAUGUACCACCAGUAAGCACAGAUGUGGGAAGCCAUGGAGAAGCACACAAUUUAUCUAAUCGGACUCCGGCUCAAACACCAGUUGCAGCAGGGAUGGGCAUGCUGCCAUUUUUUCCAAAUCAGCAUGUAGUUGGGCAAACAGUGCCAAGGCACAAUAAUGCACAGGACAAUCUGUCAUCGUCAGGGGGACUGACAGAAGGCACUGGCUCAGUGUCACAGGCUUAUCUACAGAGCUUGACAAACCUCCCUGCUGGAGGACAACGGGCUGCCCACCUCAAACAACAAAGCCAGCCAAAAAGCCCUGACUCAAGUUUGGGGAGUUCCUCAAAAAAACAGACCUCUCUGCUGGGAGAUCCCCCCAAAGAAAUCCAUCUUAGCACUAAUCCCUAUUUGAACUUGGCAAGUGUACUGCCUUCUGUGUGUCUUUCAGCAAUUGCCAGCAAAACCAGUAGCAAUAAGCAGCAUGCUGGGCUUCCAAAUAACUUGCUGGACACAGCAGCUGCUCAGGAAACCACAUCACAACAAGCAGUGGAAAAUUAUUGUAACUAUUUACCACAGUACGGGGAUUACACUCAGGAAGCAGUCCAGCAGUGGUAUCAACAGUAUGCACAGGCAUAUCAUGCUGCUCAAACUAGAGAACUAGAAACUGAAAGCUCAGAGGAAUGUGAAAUUGGACUUUAUGGUGACUACAGUACCUAUUUACAGGUCAUGCCUUCAUACUAUGCUCAAGGAUCCUUCCAUCCAGGCAUCUUGCCACUUUCGCCACAAAACGCACUAAAGAUAGCGCCAGUAAGAAAUGAAAAGCGGGGCUCUUCAUACCUCAUUGCCUCUCCGGAAGACGACCCAGUGGAGUAUGUUAGCCAACAUGCUCAAGGCUCAGGAGUACAUUAUGCAGAAUUGUAUCUUAAAAGAAAACGCGUUUACUGAGUUCAAAUCCUGGUUGAUGUCAAAGCCACUUCUACCAUGUCACACUUAACUUUUAAUAUGUAUUAUUGAUACUCAAAACAAUUCUAUAUAUUUAGUUUUUCUAAGUAAAGAUGUGCACAAAAUGUGUGUGUGUGGGGGGGGGAUCUACUUAUGUACCAGGUGUUAUUUGCACUGUUUUCUGUGUUAUAGUUGACAAGUCUUCCCUUAAAGCUCUUAAAUAAAUGACAGCUUUGUGGCUUGAGAAUUUCUCUCAAAGCAAUAAAACAGGACAGGAAUGUCUCUUGCUAUAUUGAUAUGCUGCAAUUAUGGUCUUAAAGCAACUAUGCUGGUGUCCUUUUUUCUUUGACUGUAUGAGGAGCUAGAUUCCUGGGUGAAUAGCAUUAAUGUUUAAUCUUUCCUUCUGAAGCUGGGUAAUGGGCAAUAUCUCAUUAUGGAUUUUAACGGACUUGCAUGCUGGAUACAGCCUUGAUCCUCUGGUAAUGUUGUGUUAAAUACCAUUUGUUGACUUACCAGCACUUAAGCAAGGAAAGUAGCAUAAAACAGCUUAUGAAAACCGGGAUUACUUCGCCCAGUUAUAAAAAGAACUGUUGGCAGAAGUGCAGUGGAAACAGGCCAAACAUUUCUUUGAAAAGGGCAAACUUGUAUUUGUACUUAUGCUGCUUUGCCUAUUUUGUACAAGACUAGCAGCAAUAUUUCCAUCCUCUUAGACACUUUCUGAUUUAUAAUUAUCCAGACUCCAUUCUCAAAUACUGCUUUUUUGUCACUGCAAAUCUGGCACCUCUUCAGCCUUUUCUUUUACACUUUAGGGCUAUUGCAUAUCUUAUCUUUAGUAACCAGAAUUGGAUAAUUGUAAUUCAUUCUGGUUAUAAAUUAGCUCCUAAAUAGCACUGAUUAUUCUCAAAAUACUUUUUUUGGGAAUAGUUAAUAUUAUAUCAAAGGAUUUGAGGGCAUUUUCAUAGCCUUAACCUUGUUUCAUUAUAGAUGUUUUGAGCAUCCUUGGAAGCCACAUUAGUGAAAACUAAGCUUUGAAUGAGCUUACUCUUAACAUAAUUGUCCAUGUGUUGGAAUAGAAAGCAGCAGAACUGUUUCAGUUCUCUUGCUUAACAAAUAAACCUUUAACACUGAUCUGCUCAGGUUUUGAGGGGCAAGGGAUAACAGUUAUGAAGUAUAAGUCACUGUAUCUCUGCCUUAAUGUUCCAGGAUUUCAACCCUUCUCCCCAAAGCAUUUAAUAUUAACAAUGAAAAUCAUAUAGGCAUACCACAGCAUAAGCAAGAAAUGGUCCUGUAUUUGAAACUGCUGCUGCAGGUUGAUUAUUGCUGAGUGGGACAGAAGACUAGAGGCUGGGGAAAUAAAGGCAAGUAGUGAAUAAUCCCAAGAGACAGCAUACUUUGACCCUGGUUAGUAAGUAGAACACUUCUUUCCAGAGGUGCCAUUUCCCUGGAGGCAGCAGUGGGGCAAAAAAUCUCAAGGGUGGGUGGAUAAUGAUGCCACCUAUUUUUUUCUCAAGCUUAUAAGCUUGAGAAAUUGUAGGGCUUUUCUCCUUCCACUGAAAAAUAAAAGGAUCUCUUUUCUGGGUAGGCUAGGAGAUAGACAUGGUUUGCUCCUACAUCUGCUGGUGGAGUCUAAACAUGGGAAAGGGGAAGCUUUGCCUUUAAACCAGAUAAAUAUGACGAUGAUGUGAAAACUCAGCUGUUGCACCAUGGGACUGGAAUAAGAGUAGCAGAUUUACAUAGCAUAGAUGUACAUAGAGCUGCUGUAGCAUAGUGGUUAAGUAGUUGGGCAGUGAAUUAGCACUCUGCUGGUUCACAGCCCACUACUGUCAUGAGUUCAGCAGGUGGCCUUGGGUAAGCCACUCCUCUCUGCCCCACUUCCCAGCUUUAUUGAGAGGACAAUGAUAACACUGCCUUUGUUCACCACUCUGAUUUGUCUAGAAGAGUGGUAUAUAAGAGCACUGUUAUAGUAUCAACGGCAUUGCCAGCAGAGUUUUAAAAGAGGGAUUAAGGCACUAGCAUGAGCAACAGUAUGUGCUACUUUGGAAACACAAUGCUUAUUCGACAAUCCUUUCCACCCCAUUUACUCCAUCCACAUCGAGACUCUUUGGGGUCCUGUAGAAACACUGUUCUUAACUAGAGAAUGACACUAUCAUUCAAUAACUUGCACAUGGAUAAAUACUUAGUUAAACAUCCAUAGAUAAAACCUUUUUAUUUUAUAAAGAAUAACAAAGUGCAUGUAGAGUAAUGGUUUAUAGUUACACUACAGAAGAAUCAGUCAAUAGUGCAAGAUGAUUCUAAACUGACAGAUUCAAGAAUUAAAUUGGCAGGUCUUUUAUCUAAUUGACUUUUAAAUUACUGCAAACUCUUGAGUAAGUCUUCAAAACAAUAUUAGGCUCUAAGGUAGAGGGGAAAACACAAUUUACAUUAAAGAACAGUUAUUACCAAAAUGCCCAUAAUCUUAUUUCACCUGUAAAUGCCUACUGAAUUCAUAUAAGAGUAAAACAUGUUGCAGUCAGGCAUAAAUUAUGGUCCUAACCAGGGAGAUAUGUGCAUGGAAUUAUUCUCCAUUUUCCAAAAAGAUCAGUCACUGGUGGGGUGUGUGUGUCUGGAUUCAAUCGUAUCCUCAGAGGUGAUCGGGGCAACAUCACCAUUUUGACAAUCUUAACAAUGCACUUUCUGGCUGUGAUAUAUUUUUCCUUUUCUGUCUUCUUCCUUUGUACCUAAUGGGGGUAGAAUCUACAGGGAAAUCCUUAUGUAGUUUACCAUUGCUGGAUCAAAGUUUGACUGUGAAAAGUUUUUUUGAUCCUGGUUAAACCCAUUGCUGUGUUGUUUAGUCUGAUCAUCUGCACAUUUAAUAAAAGUCCAGAAUGCUGUCAUGCAUUA